ACUGCCGCGAGCCGUCUCCCCGCGCCGCUGCUGGUGCCGCCGCCGCCGGCUCCUCGCUCGGCCCUCUCCGCCUCCAUGUGCCGGACACUGGGAGCGCCGCGGACCCUCCUGCCGCUGCUGGCGGCCCUGCUUCAGGCGUCUGUGGAGGCUUCUGGUGAAAUUGCAUCAUUAUGCAAGACUGGGUUCCCUGAAGAUGCUUACAGUGCCAUCUUACCGCAGGAUGUGCACGAAGGACAGCCUCUGCUCAACGUGAAGUUUAGCAACUGCAAUGGCAAAAGGAAAGUGCAGUAUGAAAGCAGUGAGCCAGCAGAUUUUAAGGUGGAUGACGAUGGCAUGGUAUAUGCUGUGCGAAGCUUUCCCCUGUCCUCUCAGCAUGCCAAGUUCCUGGUAUACGCCCAAGACAAAGAGACUCAGGAAAAGUGGCAAGUUGCAGUGAAAUUGAGCCUCAAGCCGACCAUACCUGAAGAGUCCUUAAAGGAAUUGAGAGAAAUUGAAGAAAUAGUAUUCCCAAGGCAAUUGACUAAGCACAAUGGCCACCUACAGAGGCAGAAGAGAGACUGGGUUAUCCCUCCUAUCAACUUGCCAGAAAACUCCAGAGGACCUUUUCCUCAAGAGCUUGUCAGGAUCAGGUCCGAUAGAGAUAAAAACCUCUCGCUGCGGUACAGUGUAACUGGGCCAGGAGCUGACCAGCCUCCCACUGGAAUCUUCAUUAUCAACCCCAUCUCGGGCCAGCUGUCGGUGACCAAGCCUCUGGAUCGUGAACUGAUCGCCAGGUUUCAUUUGAGGGCACAUGCAGUGGAUAUUAAUGGCAAUCAAGUGGAGAACCCUAUUGACAUUGUCAUCAAUGUUAUCGAUAUGAAUGAUAACAGACCAGAGUUCCUGCACCAAGUUUGGAAUGGGACGGUUCCCGAAGGAUCAAAGCCGGGAACCUAUGUGAUGACAGUCACUGCUAUUGAUGCUGAUGAUCCAAACGCCCUAAAUGGGAUGUUGAGGUACAGAAUCCUGUCCCAGGCUCCAAGCACCCCUUCGCCCAACAUGUUUACAAUCAACAAUGAGACCGGUGACAUUAUCACAGUGGCAGCUGGACUUGAUAGAGAAAAAGUGCAACAAUAUACGUUAAUAAUUCAAGCUACAGACAUGGAAGGCAACCCCACCUACGGCCUUUCAAACACGGCCACCGCUAUCAUCACAGUGACAGAUGUCAACGACAACCCUCCGGAGUUCACUGCCAUGACAUUCUAUGGUGAAGUCCCUGAGAACAGGGUAGAUGUCAUAGUCGCUAACCUAACCGUGACGGAUAAGGACCAGCCCCAUACGCCGGCCUGGAACGCUGUGUACAGAAUCAGCGGCGGGGACCCCACAGGGCGGUUUGCCAUUCAGACCGACCCACACAGCAACGACGGCUUAGUCACCGUGGUGAAGCCAAUCGACUUUGAAACAAAUAGGAUGUUUGUCCUUACUGUGGCUGCAGAAAAUCAAGUGCCAUUAGCCAAGGGUAUUCAGCAUCCCCCUCAGUCAACUGCAACUGUGUCAGUUACAGUUAUUGAUGUGAACGAAAACCCUUAUUUUGCCCCAAAUCCCAAGAUCAUUCGCCAGGAAGAAGGCCUUCAUGCUGGUACCAUGUUGACAACAUUUACAGCUCAGGACCCAGAUCGAUACAUGCAGCAAAACAUCAGAUACACAAAAUUAUCUGAUCCUGCCAAUUGGUUAAAAAUAGAUCCUGUGAAUGGGCAAAUAACUACAAUUGCUGUUGUGGACAGAGAAUCACCAAAUGUGAAAAACAAUAUAUAUAAUGCUACUUUCCUUGCUUCUGACAAUGGAAUUCCUCCUAUGAGUGGAACCGGAACGCUGCAGAUCUAUUUACUUGAUAUUAAUGACAAUGCCCCUCAAGUGUUACCUCAAGAGGCAGAGACCUGUGAAACUCCAGACCCCAAUUCAAUUAACAUCACAGCACUUGAUUAUGACAUUGAUCCAAAUGCUGGGCCAUUUGCUUUUGAUCUUCCUUUGUCUCCAGUGACUAUUAAGAGAAAUUGGACCAUCACUCGGCUUAAUGGUGAUUUUGCUCAGCUUAAUUUAAAGAUCAAAUUUCUUGAAGCUGGGAUAUAUGAAGUUCCCAUCAUAAUCACAGAUUCGGGUAAUCCUCCUAAAUCAAAUAUUUCCAUCCUUCGAGUGAAGGUUUGCCAGUGUGACUCCAAUGGGGACUGCACGGAUGUGGACAGGAUCGUGGGCGCGGGGCUUGGCACCGGCGCUAUCAUCGCCAUCCUGCUUUGCAUCAUCAUCCUGCUGAUCCUUGUUCUGAUGUUUGUGGUGUGGAUGAAACGCCGGGAUAAAGAACGCCAGGCCAAGCAGCUUUUAAUCGACCCUGAAGAUGAUGUACGAGAUAACAUUUUAAAAUACGAUGAAGAAGGGGGAGGAGAAGAAGACCAGGACUAUGACUUGAGCCAGCUCCAGCAGCCUGAUACCGUGGAACCUGAUGCCAUCAAGCCCGUAGGAAUCCGGCGCCUUGACGAGAGGCCCAUCCAUGCCGAGCCCCAGUACCCGGUCCGAUCUGCAGCCCCUCACCCUGGGGACAUCGGGGACUUCAUUAAUGAGGGCCUUAAGGCUGCUGACAAUGAUCCCACAGCUCCGCCAUAUGACUCCCUCCUAGUCUUCGACUAUGAAGGUAGUGGCUCCACAGCGGGGUCCUUGAGCUCCCUAAAUUCCUCCAGUAGUGGUGGCGAGCAGGACUAUGACUACCUGAACGACUGGGGGCCCCGCUUCAAGAAGCUCGCUGACAUGUAUGGUGGAGGUGAUGACUGAACUGCAGGGUGAACUUGUUUUUUUGGACAAGUACAAACAAUGUCAACUGAUAUUCCCAAAAAGCAUUUGGAAGCUAGGCUUUAACUUUGUAGUCUACUAGCGGAGAGCUUGCUGGAGGCUUUGGUAUAGGCUGCAAACCAAUCUGGGCUCAGAGGGAAUAUCAGUGAUCAAUACUGUUUGGAGAAACACUGAGCUCAGUUACACUUGAAUUUUACAGUACAGAAGCACUGGGAUUUUAUGUGCCUUUUUGUACCUUUUUCAGAUUGGAAUUAGUUUUAUGUUUAAGGCUUUAAUGGUACUGAUUUCUGAAAUGAUAAGUAAAAGACAGAAUAUAUUGUGGUGGGAGCAGUAAGUUAAACCACAACAUGCUUCAACACGCUUUUGUUACAUUGCAUUUGCUUUUAUUAAAAUACAGAGUUGAACAAACAAAAACUCAUGGAGCAAUUUUAUUAUCUUGGGGGAUGAGACCAUGAGGUUGGAAAAUGUACAUGACUUCUAGUUUUAGACUUUAGUUUCUUUUGUUUUUUUGUUUUGCUUUUUUUUUUCACUAAAAUCUUAAAACGUAUGCAGCUGGUUGCAAAUAAAGGGAGUUUUCGUAUCACCAAUUUGUAGCAAAAUUGAAUUUUUUCAUAAACUAGAAUGUUAGACACAUUUUGGUCUUAAUUCAUGUACACUUUUUUAUUUACUGUAUUUUUUCCACUUCACUGUAAAAAUGGUAUGUGUACAUAAUGUUUUAUUGGCAUAGUCUAUGGAGAAGUGCAGAAACUUCAGAACAUGUGUAUGUAUUAUUUGGACUAUGGAUUCAGCUUUUUUGCAUGUUUAUAUCUUUCAUUAUGGAUAAAGUAUUUACAAAACAAAGUGACAUUUGAUUCAAUUGUUGAGCUGUAGUUAGAAUACUCAAUUUUUAAUUUUUUAAUUUUUUUUUAAUUUUUAAUUUUCUUUUUGUUUGGGGAGG